UUUCAUUCUCUUUACCACAGUGGCUUUCUGUGGAGCAGACCUCUACUGUUAACCCACCUGAGCUCAGUUUUCAGCUCCACAGCUGCCCUGUGCCUCUUCUUCAUACUGACUAGUGUUUGUGUUAGCGUUGACCUACCUGCAACACUUAGAAAGAAAGAGUUUUUUUCAGUUGUUAGUUCAUUUUUUUGAGAGCAUCAUGUAUAACUGGGAGAGAGUGCUGCAUCUUCUGUGGCACCACAGGAACUAUAUCAUCAUAAUCGUCACGCCACUUGUAUUCCUUCCUCUGCCUCUCGUCUAUCCUUCAUCGGAAGCCAGAUGUGGCUACGCGAUCAUCCUCAUGGCUCUGUACUGGUGCACAGAGUGCAUGCCUCUGGCUGUGACUGCCUUACUGCCAGUCAUCCUCUUUCCUAUGAUGGGCAUUAUGAAGGGUGGAGAUGUCAGUAUUGAGUAUCUGAAAGACUCGAACAUGCUGUUCAUCGGAGGUCUGCUGGUGGCCAUCGCGGUCGAACACUGGAACCUCCAUAAACGAAUCGCUCUCCGGGUUUUGCUGCUGGUUGGUGUUCGUCCAUCGCUGUUAAUGAUUGGCUUCAUGAGCGUCUCGGCAUUCCUGUCCAUGUGGAUCAGCAACACAGCCACCACAGCCAUGAUGCUACCCAUCGCACACGCUGUGCUACAGCAGCUGAAAGAUACAGAGACCCAGGCAAAUGAGCGUGAUCUCCAGGCCCAAGCUGCGGACAACCACGCAUUUGAGCUGGAAGUUCAAACCAAGCCGGAGAUGAUACACGAAAGAGACACACAGGUUCCUGUGUAUGUACAUGACACACAGCGAGAGUUCAGAGAAAAAGCCAUAGAAGCGAAGUAUGACCUUCUGACCAAAGGGAUGAGUCUUAGUGUGUGUUACUCUGCCAGCAUUGGAGGCACUGCCACGCUCACAGGGACCACGCCUAAUCUCAUCCUCAAGGGCCAAAUGGACGAGAUCUUCCCUAACAAUACUGACGUGAUCAACUUUGCCAGCUGGUUUGGCUUUUGCUUUCCCAGCAUGGUGCUCAUGCUGGUGCUCGCCUGGUUCUGGCUUCAUUUUAUGUUCCUGGGCUUCAAUUUGAAGAAGUCAUUUGGCUGUGGUGAGAAAAGUGAAAGCGACAGAGCGGCAUACACAGUGAUGAAAGUGGAGUACAAGAAGCUGGGACGUAUCAAGUUUGCAGAGGUGGCGGUGCUCGUCCUCUUUAUCUUGCUCGUGCUUCUGUGGUUUACCAGAGAGCCGGGCUUCAUGCCUGGCUGGGCCACAGUGCUGUUCAAUAAGGAGGCUGCGUUUGUGACAGACGGAACGGUUGCCAUCCUAAUGUCAUUGCUCUUCUUCGUCAUCCCCUCUCAGGUGCCGUUUAGCAAUUACGGAUACACAAAUGAAGGUAAGAGGAUAAAGGCUCCACCGGCUCUGUUGACCUGGAAUGUGGUUCAUGAACGAAUGCCCUGGAAUAUAGUGCUGCUGUUGGGAGGAGGUUUUGCUCUUGCUGCUGGCAGUGAGGCAUCAAAUCUAUCCAAGUGGUUGGGAGAAAACCUGUCACCUCUUCAGAAUAUUCCCCCCUUUGCUAUCUCACUGGUGCUUUCCCUACUUAUUGCCACAUUCACCGAGUGCUCCAGUAACACAGCUACCACCACCCUGUUCCUGCCCAUAUUGGCGUCAAUGGCCCAAAAUAUUAAGCUCCACCCACUCUACGUGAUGCUGCCCUGCACUAUUGCUGCCUCUCUGGCCUUCAUGCUACCUGUGGCCACACCACCCAAUGCCAUUGCCUUUUCUUUUGGAAACCUCAAAGUCCUAGAUAUGGUGAAAGCUGGUUUCAUGCUCAACAUCAUCGGGAUCCUGUGCAUUAAUUUAGCCAUCAACACCUGGGGAAGAGCCAUGUUUAACUUGGACACUUUUCCAGAUUGGGCCAACACUACAAAUAGUAAACCUUGAAUUUGUUUACAGCCUGUAAAAAAACAAAUCCAAUUCUACAGUCACACAAGAAGACACUGAACAAAGUAUCACAUUUUCCAACUUCUUCUUCAAACCAAUGAGGAAAAAGCUCAGAAAUCCACUGUGUGAGGUAAAACUUUUCUACCUUUGGCAGACAAUAGUUUGUUGUUGUUGCAGGAUACCAUUACUCAUGGUAUCCUGCUCAGGAAAGCUACAUAAGAAUGUUUUCAGGUCCUUUAAAAAGAAGAAGAAAAAAGUCAUAGCAGAGUUUUUCCACUCUCACUGAAGACAAAUAAGUUAAAGAUUAAAUGACAAUUUAAAUUUGGUUAUAGAAAGAGCAAUCAAAGAUUUUCACUUGCAGCUGAAACAAACUUUAAGCUCUAUCAGACUAUUAUAUACAGACCCUCUUUGAGGACUUCCUUUGAGGACGUCAUUUCAGUGACAGAACCAAAGAAAGUGUUUAAACCAGGUUAUUUGCUCAUACACUUUUCAAUGAAUUUGUUAUCUUAUCAGUCUGUGUAUCAUUUACUGAUAAUGCAUGCAUUAUCUGCAGCAUAGUUACCUUUGAAAGGCAAAAAUGAAAACUAAUUCAUGGUGUCAGUUAACUUAUUACUGUGGUCAUUUUGUUGGACUUUUUUUUGGGUGUCAUAUUUAAUUUUAUAUGUGUUUUUGUCACAACUUCUUUUCAUAAGGAGGAAUUUUACUUAUUUUAUCAUUUAUAAUUACCAAUGUGACCUUUUUCUGGUUGUGAUUGUUUAUAUAACAAUUCAUAUAAUAAUAAUAAUGGAAGUGCUCUAAUUUCUUGCUAAGAAAACUGCAGGUUCAAAUUUUGUUCAGACUCCCGGAUGAGCCCCCAAAUGUGUUAUGGACAAAAAAGUACAACGGAAACUUAGCAAAACCUAUUUAGAAGCAGAAUGUCAAAAUCCACCUUACAGCAACUUACUUAUUACAUGUUACAUCUUCUUGUUGUGUUGGCUAUCUAAAGUGAGGUUGGGCAUUUAAUUUUCCCAAGCGGUCAUAUGAGAAACUGGGACUGUUGUGACAGGAUACACCAAUAACCUAAAUUUAAAGUAAUAGUGAGCAGAAUUGAUAUCAGCUGUUUAUGCAGCCUUCUACAACAGUCCCAGUUUCUUAUGUGCGCCCUAGGAAACACAAAUGACCUACCCCUGAUCUGAAAUGUAGAAAGUUAAACAGAUUUUUGGUGAGCUGAAGCCAUUUUUAUUACCCUGCUAAAACACCCAAUGAAAUAAAUGCAUUGCUUUUCAUGCUUAAAAAAAAAGCAGAGAAGCUAGAUAUACUGUAAUGCAGGGGUCGGCAACCUUUCUGAUGACGAGUGCCAUCUAAAAU